AUGGCCGUCUCCCUAGAUGUAGGGCCAACGAUCACCGUCCACGGGGACGCCAGGACUUCUCGACGGUCGGGACGAGUCCGGAAACCGACCGCAAAGGUCAGAGUGGUUGAGCAAGUCAACUACCAAGACAAUGCGGAGCUUGAAGACGAGACCAACAAGCUCUCAAACCUCGUCCAGGAUCUCCUACGACGGGACGCCGAAAGGGAACAGUUCCUGAAAGCCCGCUUCGCAACGAGAAAGCCUACGACAUAUAUGCCUUCGUUCGAGAAAAGCUCAGUCCUCAGGUUCGAGGAGCCCUGA